GGAGUACUUAAUUUGUGAAGCAUCAUCUGAAAAGGUGCAGGACACCCAGGACCUGCCACAAUGUUGCCAUUAACGAAGAGAAGUUUACUAUUGUUUCAGUCCAUACUUCUGUUCUCAAGCACCUAUGUAAUUUCGCAGCCACAAAUUCUAAAAGCAGACAAAAAUAGCUGCUGCAUCUUAGAUGAGCGAUUUGGAGAAUAUUGCCCAACGACAUGUGGGGUCUCAGAGUUUUUAAACAAAUAUCAAUCUGAUGUAGAUACAGAUUUACAGUAUCUUGAAAGUCUUCUGAAUCAAAUUUCUAAUCACACAAGCGAAACAAACAUUUUGGUGCAAGACAUCAAAGUAAUUGGGAAGGCUCCUCCUGUAGGACAACAAAAUAUAGACCCUUUAACACAAAAGUCAAGAGGUAUGUUGGAGGAAAUUACAAGAUAUGAAAAAACAGUUGUCUACUUUGAUGAACAAAUACAAUAUCUACAAGAAGUCUUGAAUUCAAACAAAAAUAAAAUUUCUUUGCUGAAACAGAAGACCACACAGUUAGAAAAUCAAUGCCAGCAGCCAUGUAGAGAUACUGUUCAGAUACAGGAAGCAACUGGAAAAGAUUGCCAAGAAAUUGCUAAUAAAGGUGCAAGAACCAGUGGUUUAUACUAUGUGAAGCCUCUGAAAUCAAAGCAACAGUUCCUUGUAUAUUGUGAAAUUUUGCCAUCUGGCAGCGCAUGGACUCAUCUUCAAAGAAGACACGAUGGCAGUGUGGACUUUAAUAAGAACUGGGUCCAAUACAAAGAAGGUUUUGGAUACUUGUCACCAGAUGACACUACAGAAUACUGGCUUGGUAAUGAAAAGAUACAUCUGCUGAGCACACAAUCCACCAUCCCUUAUGUCUUAAGAAUAGAGAUUGAAGACUGGAACAAUCAAAAGAGCACCGCUGACUACUCAACAUUCAGACUGAAUCCAGAAAAGGACAAUUACCGACUAACCUAUGCUUACUUCAUGGGAGGGGAAGCUGGAGAUGCCUUUGAUGGUUUUGACUUUGGAGAUGAUCCAAGUGACAAAUUUUACACAUCUCACAAUGGCAUGCAGUUCAGUACCUAUGACAAAGACAAUGACAAGUAUGAUGGAAACUGUGCUGAACAAGAUGGGUCUGGUUGGUGGAUGAAUAGAUGCCAUGCUGGGCAUCUCAAUGGCAAAUAUUAUCCAGGUGGUGCUUAUUCUAAAAAGGGAGAAGAGUUUGAGUAUGAUGACGGUAUAAUUUGGGCUACAUGGAGAAAUAGAUGGUACUCAUUGAAGAAAACAACAAUGAAAAUUAUUCCUCUUAACAGAUAUGGAACAGAUGAACAGCAAUACACGGGGUCCAAAAAGACAGGAUUUGAUGCCCGAGGAGAUAUAUAAAAAUCCAAUGUUCUCUGUUUAUGACAUCACACAUUUAUGUGUGUGUUUUUGUUUUCAAGAUGUGUUUUCUUCUUUUCAUUCAUUUGUAUUCAACCUUGUUUUAAAUAAAAUAAUAAUGUUGUACACCA